AUGGAACCACCCACGGCCUCCUUCCAACAUAAAGAAAAAGACGCCUUUGUCCUGUCGCGCAACGAGAUGCCCCUCCACCAAGCAGACCGCGACACCACCAUCCUCCCCACCUCCAAUGUCCCCGCCCUCCCAGGAACCGCGGCCUCUUCCAUCUCCUCGCAUCGAACAAAUACCCCCCACAGACCGCAAAUUACAUCCUCGAAUUCCGGCACCAAGCAACUCUACAGCAAUGGCAAGGUUCCGAUACCCCGCCAGCGGGCGACCACUGCUCCGCGGUAUAGUCGAAGAGUGCCCAGGGCUUGUCAGUCGUGUCGGCAGAGAAAGACGAAAUGCAGUGGGGAUACGCCAGUGUGCAGGCAGUGUAAGGAACUGAGAAUUCAGUGUGAUUAUCCGGUUUCGUGGAGGGAGAAGACGAAUCGGCAACUGGAGGAUUUAUCAAGCAAAUCACGCGACUACGAAGAGUUGUUGAAGGAUAUUGAGAAUAUCGUUGAUAGUUCGACGUCGGAGCGCAUCAAAGAGGCACUGGAUAAGCACGCAGCAGAGGCUGACCGUUCGUCCAAUGAGCGACAAUCGCAGCCUAUUUCACAAGAAGAUAUCAUGGACGAGCACCCUGACGAUGCAUCCAGCCCUUCAUCCAUCGGUUCGCUGGAGGCCAUUGAACGUGUCGAAGAGGAUCUUAAUCGCAACGAAGAUACACGAGCAACCGGCUAUAUGGGCAAGAACUCCGAAGUGACGUGGAUGCAGAGAUUGCGGAGAGAGGCAGAACAACGAGCCAAGAAGGAACCAGGAACAUACGAACCUGAUGCCGAUAAUGAGAGCGAGUACGCCCUUCACGCCGUCAAUUACCACUUGGAUGAUAUGGAAGUUUCCGUCCCUGGUCCAGUUCAAGUGUACCAGGUGCCACCGCGGCCACUGGCAGACAAGCUCUUUGAGGAUUAUCUGGCAUCGGUUCAUCCUUUCUUCCCGAUAAUCAGUCGCCCGCUUUUCACCAUGCAGUAUCAAUUGUUCUAUGAUCAAUCCGGACGUCCAGGAGAUAAGUGGUUGGCUAUCUUGAACGUGAUCUUUGCGAUAAGCGCCAAGAGAGCUCAUUUAAAACAAGCGCCGUGGCAAGGUGAAGAACACGACCACUUGGUGUAUUUGACUCGGGCUCGGAUCUUGAGUAUGAAUGGUGAUGUGCUGUUUAGUCAUCCAGAUCUUCAGCAAGUGCAAGUGGAAGGUUUGAUAGCGUUUUAUUUAAUCGCAUCAGACCAGAUCAACAGAGCUUGGAGAAUAGCAGCAUUAGCGAUCCGUUCCGCAAUUACUCUCGGUAUCAAUAUGAAAAGUACCAGCGAUUUCACGGCCAGCAUCUCCAAGGAAGCGCGCAACCGAGUUUGGUGGUGUUUGUACACCCUGGAACAUCUACUAGGGAUAAUGACGGGCCGAGCGACAUGCAUUCUGGAUGGCGUCUGCACAACUCCACUGCCUCUCCCGUUUGAGGGGAAUCAGUUGCAGGAGCCAUUGGCAGCUAAACUUCUCAAAGACCUCAGCCUACGCGAAGAGUUUGUAGGAAACGCUAUCGCGAGUUCAUUUAUUCACCUAAUAUCCUCGAAUCCUCCUGGGGGCAAGGACGCCAAAUACACCGAUACACCCCGAGAUGUGACUUGGUUGAAGAGUCUGCCCCCUAACAAUGCGCUCUGCUUCCUUUACUAUGCCGAUUUGGCGAUCAUCUCUCAAGAGAUUGUCAAUCGAGUUUAUUCACCUGACUGCGCCAUGGUGCCGUGGUCACACAUUGAGAACCGGAUUGGGGUGUUGAGGUCACGGCUUGAUCUCUGGUUUGCGAACCUUCACCCAGCAUUCGACUUUACGCGCAAAGAGGAUGAGGGACCCGAUUUACUUCGGGCCAAACUGUUUUUAGCUUUCCAUUUUUAUAGUUCCCGGAUUACGCUUGGGCGUCCAUGCCUUUGCCGCCGCGAUGCGCACCAGAGUGGUCAAGGCAAUGAGAAACCAGCAUUUAGUCACGUCAUGGCUAUGAUAUCCCUGGAUUCCGCGACUAAGAUGCUGGAUUUGAUUCCGGACCAGGCUGAUGCAAUCCAACUCUACGAAAUCGGACCUUGGUGGUGUGUACUGCACUGUCUUAUGCAAUCUGUGACAGUCGUCUUGCUCGAGUUAUCGUUUGGUAGCAUUCAUAUUCCUGAAGAGGAGCAGAAUUUACUUACCACGGCGAAGAAGGGCGUUCGCUGGCUCCACUCUAUGUCUAAAUUCAGCAUUGCAUCGCGUCGCGCAUGGCAGCUGUGUGAUCUGAAUCUGCGAAAGAUUGCCCAAGGAAUGAAUUACGAUGUAAGCGAUAUGCCCACCUUCGACUACGGUCCAGGCGAGGUGACCAAUGGCCAUAAGGACCAGGCGAAUCAGCUGAGCGACUCCUUCAUAACUAACGGCAUUGACAAAGCCGCCCAUCAGCAUAACGGGCAGCUACCGCAUGGAACUGGUCUACAACCUGGUGCGCCGGAUUUUACACUCAUGCCUAAUGGUCCAGGUCCGGGUAUGGGGCUUGAUGGGAAUGAUAUUUAUUUCCCGUACGAUCCGAUUAAUGGAGAUUUUGUUCGAUCUUUUUUCCCGACUUUCCAUACGGAUGAGAAUCAGGAUGAUUGGGGAUUCUGA